UGGUUAUAGAACGCCACAAAGGUCUAUUGUAGAUCAAAGAUUAACCUUGUCCAAAUCUCGUUGCUUACCAUUGUGUGUUCAGUAUACCUUCGUAUAGUAACCAAAUAGAGAGUAUCUAUUGUUUUUUUGUUAUGCAAAUUUUCACCGAUGUGAAGGGCAACAAGCAAGAACACCAAGAUUGAUUAUAGAACAAUGCAUUUUUGUUUAUUAGAUAUAGCUACACAUGUUGUUACAGAAUGUGCAUAUUAUGGUUACUUGAAGAACGUGUACAUAAACAAAGACAAAACAUGCCCGUCAAUGAUUUUAAUGGAAGAUUGCAGCUACUGAAUGAGCACAACAAUAAUUUCUAUGAGCAAAAUAUCCGAUCAUAAAACGAAAUAUAUUAACUAAUUGUAGCAAAAAUAAGUUUGGAUGUUAAUGGCAGAAAAUUAGGUGUAAACCCUGUCGUUAUAGUAUUUUAUGACAAAUGGUUAACUAUUUUGGGCGGAAUUUGGUAGUACAUAGAGGCACUUGUUGUCAAUUUUGACAUCGCAGAUAAUACUUACAAACGAUGAGACAUAAACUGCUGUGGACAUAGCAUUGAUUUUAUCACAGCUACUAUGGAGGAAGACCUAUGUCCACUGAUAAUGAUAUCCAUACCACAUAUAGCUGAUCAGAUUUGGUUUAAGUAGUAUGAUAGUAUAAGUAAGCAGUAAUAUAAAGGAGGCGACGACAAACUAUCUAAUACCAGCAGUUAUACAGCUGAUUUUUUUUGGAUGACAUAUGAAGUUCAACCAACAUCACGAAGAAAUGUACAUACUGAGGAUAACAUAUAUAUUAUUAAAGGCAGCAAGUGUUAACAUGUACCUGAACUUGACGCGACGGAUAAGUCUGAUAUAAACAAAUAGUUAUGUAAUUGCAUACUUAUCAGUAGUGUUAUAUUAUAGGACAGCUAUGCCAUACCUAAGAUACUGUCUAUAUAUCAAAUGGCUUUAAAUAUAAUGUAUUUAGUUAGUUACCCUUAAAAGUUUUUAGUCAUCAAAAAGAUGGUCUCAUUUGCGCAAUGCCAGAACUUCAUAAUUCAGUUUACUACAAGGAGAAGACCUCAUGAUGACUGCUUCAAAGUGGCUUCUGCAGGUGAUAUGUGUACUUGCAAUCACCUCAACGGUAAGCAGAUGUAUGGAGACAAAGACUAUAGUGACACCAUCUGGAAAAAUGAUGGGUCUGAAAGUCGACACACCAGCCUUAGGUAGCUUUGUUUACCAGUUCCGGCGGAUUCCAUACGCCAAACCUCCUGUUGGUGAUCUGCGGUUCGCAAAGCCCCAACCGAUGGCACCAUGGACAGACACUCUUAACGCCACCUAUUUUGGACCGAACUGCAUGCAGACUAUCAUCAAUCCGGACGACCCGUUAUUACCAAACAAAAUAUUAUCUGAAGACUGUUUAGUGCUGAAUGUUUACAUGCCUCCAAAUACAACAGAGAGUAGCAAAAAACCAGUUAUGCUGUACAUCCACGGAGGAAGUUAUGUGGAAGGCACGGGCAUGUUCUACGACGGUUCCUACCUUUCCAUUCACGGCGACCAGAUAAUUGUCACUAUCAAUUACCGACUUGGUAUAUGGGGCUUCCUCACGACGGCAGACGUUCACUGCCCGGGGAACUUCGGUCUGUGGGAUCAAAGACUAGCCAUCCAAUGGACCAAGAACAAUAUUCAGGCAUUUGGUGGUGAUCCUGAUCUCAUAACAAUUUUUGGGGAAUCGGCAGGCGGCUUUAGUGUCGGUAUCCAUUCUAUAUCUCCUGUCAACAAGGGCUUGUUCAAGAGGGCAAUGUCUCAUAGUGGCACAGCUAACUCAUUUUUCGCCGUGACAGAGACCUCUUUUGCGAAACUAUCACAAAUUGGGACGGGCAUUUUUCUGAAGUGUCUGGAUGUUGAAAACAGUGUUAAGUUUUUAAAAUGCAUGAGAACAAAAAGCUCCGAAGAACUACUUGAUGCGUCUGUCAAAAUCGCUAACAUUACCUUUAGUGAUAAACACAACCUUCAUUACGCAUUGCCACUUGCACCUGUUGUUGAUGGUGAAUUUAUCACGGAUAAUCCUGCAAAAGUCUUGAACGAUCCUUCCAGUCCCGGGAUGCAGUUAUUCCGUUCAAUUGAUUUCGUAGACGGUGACGUUAAUUCAGAAGGAUCUCUAAUUUUCCAAGAGCCACUUUAUUCUUUUCAAAAGCCGAACCAUUUUAACCUGUCAGAGGGAAUCCCGUAUAGGAUAUUAUGCGAUGACGUUAUCGAAACGAUGGUGAAGGAGUUCUUCCAUAACAACCGUACACUGAAGGAUGCUGCCUGCUCCCGAUAUAAAUCUCCAAGUGGAGACGGUAUCGAACAGAGUCGUCUUGCCGUUGACAUUUAUAGCGACAUCUUCUUUUUCACACCUGGAAUAUUGACAUUGAACGCACAUGUAGGUGGCGCAGGGCGUACCUACCAAUGGCUUUUGUCAAGAAUGAGCAGGUUCGGAUUCGGUUAUCCGUAUCCAAAGUGGUUUACUGGAGCGGGACACGCAGGGGAGAUCGCCUUCCUGUUCGGAAUUGAGCGAUGGCCCGACUGUGGACCCCAAGACAAAACUCUAGCGGAACAGAUGAUGUCCUACUGGUCCAACUUCGCAAGAACAGGGAACCCAAACAAAGGGUUAGCAGUGAAGAUGCAGUGGCCGGAGUACAAUGUCCAAGAUCGCCGUUAUAUAAGCCUUAAUGCGACGAUAAGUACAGAGGAGGCAAUGUACAAAGAUAGAGUGGGUUUCUGGGCGUCCGUGUUGCCAAAAGCGUAACAUCAACUAUGUACACGCCAAUGCCUGUUUGUUUCCUGUGUCGUCCAAAGCUGUUCUUAUGUGCUCAAGCUUGCCUGUCUCUUAUACAUUCAUAAGUAUUAUCUGUUACAAAAUGAAGUUCCCUAAAAAUUAUUAUUCAUCACAGAUCCCAUAUUCACCUGGAUUAAAGAUAAUAAUGAAUUAAAUACACG